AUGGCUAUGGGUCUGCACGCCAAGUCUGGCUGUGACCGGUUGCGUACAUCGUACGUUGCGCAAGUGGCGCCGUGUACAUUUCUAAGCGCUCAGACCCAGUCCGUCCUUCAGCUGCCCAGGAGCCUGACAGGUGCCGUCAUGUUGGGACGACAGAAACAGCCGAAGGCUGGGGAGACUGCCAAAGGAGAUGCAUCCAACGAUGCGGAAGCAAACAAGAAGAGAUGUCUGGAUUUCAUCAGGAAGAGGUUGAAGAUCUUCAGCGUCAUUGUCCUUCCACUGGCAUUCUCAUUGCCAUAUUUUGCAGUGUUUAAAGGGACGUCUGGACCGCCAGAACAAAGGGGGUCCACAGGGCUAGCCAACGGUCGUCCUGUCGGGCCACCUGGCCCACCUGGGAAAAGGGGGGCAGCUGGGCCCAUUGGUCCGCAAGGUCUACCUGGAACACCUGGAAAGGACAGUGUUAAAGCGGAUGACGUAUACCCGCCAUCUAGCUGCACUGAAGUUGCAGAGAGAGGUGGAAUUAAUAACAAGACACGCUACAUUAUCCACCCUCAUGACGGACCAGGGCGUGGAGUCCUGCCAGUGUUUGUUCAGUGUGAUCUUGAGAAGCAAACAGCAAUUACCCUGAUUGGCCACGACAGUGAGGCCCGCACACAUGUGAAAGGGUUUGAGAAUCCAGGUAGCUACUCCAGGAAUGUGACAUACUGGAACAGCAUGGAGAGAGUGAGAGCUGUGGUGGAACAGUCAAGCUUCUGCAAACAGCACAUCAAGUAUGAAUGCUACGACUCGGUGUUAUGGGACGAUCAUGGCAAACAGGGCCGGUAUGCCUGGUGGGUGACUUGGGACGGUCGCCAGGCUGACUACUGGGGAGGUGCCAGUCCUGGGAGUGGGAAAUGUGCCUGUGGACAAACAAGUGCGUGCUACGGUAGGUGCUACUGUGACAGUAAUACUGACCAUUGGCGUGAGGAUUCUGGGUUCCUGUCCAACAAGGAUGACCUGCCGGUCACCCAGCUCAGGUUCGGGGAUACUGGUGGAUAUCGGGGGCGUAAUGAAGAAGGUUAUUACACCCUGGGGAAACUUAUCUGCUAUCCCUGA